GAGAAAAGCAAGAGAUUGUGUUGUAUCUCCACAUCAGCAUCUCCUGUGAGCUUGCCGAAUACCUGCUCUUGGAGAAUGUUGUGUGUAUGUAUCUUGACCCAAUAACUUACACUUGACUUUUAUUGUUGGUUGAUUAUGUUCUACCAUGCAUGUAAUCCUUAGAAACUUCAUAACAAAUCCCAAGUCUCAACUUUAAGUUGAAAAAGUCUCAACUGUAUUUUAGCUGUGAAAAUAUCACAUUUAAUAUCCUUAUUCAACCUUCAUCCAUGUUACAGAAGUGAAAAUGAUAUUUUUGGAGGAGCAUUCUGUUGAUUUUCCAAUAGGUCGUAUACAUUAGAUAGUCACAUGGGAUACCAUAUCUAUACUUUUUCAUACUCAAUCACAAGAGAAUUUAGAGAAGUCCGGCAUCAGAAAGUUAAAAUGCCAGCUCAUAAAGCCUUGAUGACGCAUCCUCACAUAAGCAGAUGUAACUGAAAAGUAUUGCAACUAAUCAGGGUGCUUCAUCCUUUACUUUUUCUGGUUCAAUUUCCUUACCCGUUUCAAAAAUAGUGUGCGGUUCUCCAAAGGUUUGCAUGGAAAUAUAUUACUAGACACAGAGGAUUUGUUUCCUCUCAUCAACCACCAUGGAAUCUUGCUUCCGAAGGUAUAUAAAUCUUUCUCUAAGCAUCUAAAAACUAACCCUUAGAGGGACAUUUUUAAGUUUUAAGAAGUUGACUCGGAUCUUUAUGAACUAUCUUUUCUAAAAGCAACCAAGCAGUCCAUGAUGUAAAAAUAUUAUCUUGAAUAACUGUCCUUCAAGUUGCCAUGCACUAACCUUUAUACCAAUCAUGAUCAUGGAUGAUGAUCCAAGGUUGAGUCAUCCCACCAAGGUGUCAAGAUUCAUUUCCUAGUUUUCAUCCCUUUAAAUACCUCUUGGGAAUACCCAAGACUGAUCAACCCAAUUGAGCAUAACUUCCUCAGUAAUCAAGUAGCUCAAACCAUUUCUCUUUCAAAAAACAGAAACCUUGUUAUUCAUCAAACAUGCAGAGCUCACUUCUUCAUGAGCUAAUUGUUGGAACCCCAAUAAUCUCAACUACAUAUGAUCAGCUUCAAAAGUCAGUGAACAGAUACUUACCCGAUCCUGCCACUCAAUAUCAAUAUUCAACCACAACAUCAAAGCAAAGUAGAGUAUAUUCAAUUAUGAACAAGCUUGGAAGGAAGGCCAACAGUCUCUCACAAGAACAUGUGAGACUAGGGGAAAAUAUAUCAGAAACUGUUAAGAGGAAGCUGAGCUUAGGGGCUCGAAUUCUUCAAGUGGGUGGAAUUGAGAAAGUGUUUAAGCAGUUUUUUAGUGUGAAUGAAGGGGAGAGGCUGUUGAAAGUUUCACAGUGUUAUCUGUCCACCACAUCUGGCCCUCUAGCAGGUCUCCUCUUCAUCUCCACUGACAAGGUUGCCUUUUGCAGUGAGAGAUCAAUGAAAGUGUUCACUCAGAAAGGCCACAUGUUGAGGACUCAUUAUAAGGUUGUCAUUCCACUGAAGAAUAUCAAGUGUGUGAAUCAAAGUGAAAAUGUUCAGAAGCCAAGACAAAAGUACAUAGAGAUAGUCACAGUGGACAAUUUUGAUUUCUGGUUUAUGGGUGUCUUCAAAUAUCAGAAAACUUUCAAAUAUCUUGAGCAGGCCAUUUCUCAAGCUUAGAUGAGUAGCAAAAUCCUCCGUUUGAGCUUGAAACUUCUGUUGUCAGUAUAAACAUGAAGAUACAAGAGAUGAUCAGAAACAAACUAAGAUAAAAGGAACCUUAUUGUAUAUAUCCAUUCUUCUGAUCAGAUGGAUACAUUAUUUUGCCUGUGAUAGCGAAUGGAUGUGGUUCAUAUCAGCUGAAUUGCAGCAUAUUGUAGACAAACUUGGUGAAUGUGAGAGUUCAUCGUUGGUGCCUGCUUUGUAGCAUAAUGCAAGCCAUUAUGUAUCUUUGGCAGAAGGAUGCAUCCAGGGACUUGCUCAUGUUAGAUCUCUAUGAAGGGAGACUUCAGAUGACAGUAGAAGAAAAGAUUGAAUGAAAGAUAAUUUGAACACGAAACUGCUAGCUGCCCAACUGUAGAAGUUUCAGGCUCAGUUACUUAUGAAUUGAUCAUGUAAAUAUUUUCAGAACAAGAACUUGUAUUUCAGACUGUAUACUUACAAUCCAGCUCUUUAAUCAAAUUUGUAUAUAAUUUUU